CUUUUUAUUGGCAUACGGUGGUAUCUCUUCUUUCUCCCAUCAACACACAUUUGUUGUCGUCGGAAAGCAUUGGAAAAAGCGCGCCUUCCUUGAGAGGGCAGGCUGUCCCUCCUUUAUUUUACUGCGCAACAACGACAGCAGCAGCGGGCAGGCAGACGGGGGCCAAGCUUUGCCCUCUCUUCCUGAGACCACCGCAGCAGCACUGCGAGCGAUCCCCCCGGACCAAGCCAAGCCCACCUACCGGAGGAGGCGCAGAUCUCUACCCCGCAAUUAAAUCUCUCGACAUCUCUCCCGUCUCCCCACCCCCCCAUGAUUGGUGUCGCGGCGGAGGGCCGGUGGUGAUCCCUCCGUCUCUCAAGAUGCCGCCUUUACCUCGUGGGCUGUCGCGGGCGAUGACUUGAUCCCGGGGGUUUCCUUGGAGCAGGGAACAUGAAGUCAGGCUACAAAAAGGCUUGGAAAUCCCUGUUACCUCUUCGGCUAAAUAAGAGAUCUUCCAAUCGGUUUUGUAUGUUCUCAAAGGUUCGAUCGGCCAGCAGAACAUCAGGAAAUGCACCUGUUUAUCUAAAUGUGUAUGACUUGACACCAAUUAAUGGCUAUAUGUACUGGGCAGGCCUUGGGAUAUUUCACACAGGUGUUGAAGUUCAUGGGGUGGAAUAUGCAUUUGGCGCACAUGACUAUCCAACAAGUGGAGUCUUUGAGGUUGAGCCUCAUCAAUGUCCAGGAUUCAGGUUCAGGAAAUCAAUAUUCAUGGGUACAACAUGUUUAGACCCAUUUCAGGUUCGAGAGUUCAUGGAAAUUCAGUCUGUAAAUUAUAAUGGAGACACCUACCACUUGAUCACGAAGAACUGCAACCAUUUCUGCCAAGAUAUCUGUUUUAACUUGACUGGUAACUCAAUUCCAAAAUGGGUGAACCGACUUGCUAGGAUAGGUUCCCUCUGCAACUGCCUACUGCCCGAAGCCCUUAAGAUAACUGCUGUUCAACAUGACCCAGUUCCGCAAACCAAGGAUGGUGAGAGGAGGAAGCUGAGGAGUGCUUUCAGUUGUCUGUCCUCGAUUUCUAUGCGUCAGAAACGCUUCUCUGCUGCUUCUCUGUUAUCACCUCCAUUUAGAAGUGCCUUUCAUAUUGGGAGUUAGGUCUGGUGCCAUUCCAAUAAAGAAUGCCUGAAAAUAGCAGGAUCUGUUGAUCAAGAAAAAACCUGAUGGUUUCUUAGUUUUCUCCGGUGGAAAGCUUGUGAAUGCAUAUCUUAGUACAGAAAGAUGGCUACCCAUAAUGUGCUAUAAGCUUUGACCUUGUUGUAUAAGCUUGUUGUGGAUAGGAAAGCAAUCACUAAAUGAUGUGCAAUGCUUCUGUUAUUUGUUAGGUUGCUCACUUGAACAGAGACUUUUGUAGCACUGAUCAUCUGAGGUUUGUUGUAUGAUUAUUUCAUAGAAGCAGUACCCAAAUUUUUGGAUA